AUGCCGAACUUCUGGGAUCUCCCAAAGAACGUUCGCGAUGUCAUCUACAAGCACCAUCUGGUGUACGACAAGCCUGUGAACAUCGACAUGCACCGUGCAGCCGUCGGACAUCAUGGCCAGUUCCAUCACCGUGAGAGGUUCAUGCCGCCGAUCUUUCACCUGUCGAAGCAGGUAGAGCGAGAAGCGAUCCCUUUCUACUAUGGGAUGAACGUCUUCGACAUUGGAGAAAUGCAGCUGUGGUCAAUGACCAGUAUCACAUGGCCGCGGCACUGGAAUCAGGUGCGGCGAGUUGAAUGCACAUGGGAUAGGCUUGACGCUUGGGGAGGUUAUGGAAGCGUGCGCGAGGCUUUCAUUUCCCUGAGUAAGAUGAAAAGGCUUCAGGAGCUCAAUAUCAGAAUCGACGAGGCGAAGAUUGUCAAGAGAAUACGCGUCACACGCGAAACACGCCAGCGACCACAACAUGUUAUGGACCUCACGAAUCAGCAAAAUCUUGCAAUCCUUCGCUUCCCUGGGAUCACUGGCUUGUUGACRCUGUCUCGCAUUAAUCAUGUCACUUUCUCCAAGCUCAUCGACCCCAACGGAGUUGAGRGCGGUGGCAUGAUCCCAGGUGGGGCUUUGGAGACUCACGUCUUACCUAGAUUGAAGCCGAAGCAGGAAUUGAAGCGCCGGAAGAAAGGCUCGUCAUUCCGCUUCCUCAAUCUGCCACCAGAGCUGAGGAACCAUAUCUAUCAUCUGCUGCUGCGGGUCACAGGGUCUAUUAAUCCAUCGAAGGAGCCUCCAACCUCUACUCCAAGGGACCCCGAGUCCAUCAAGCUAACAGAGGGCAAGCACACGAAGUCUGCUCUCGCCAUCCUCUCGGUGUGCAAGCAGAUGAAUGAAGAAGCAGUAGGAGUGUAUUACAGCUGCAAUUCAUUCGUGUUUCAUUAUCCGGUGCAACUAAGCGCUUUUCUGAUUGCGAUCGGAUCUCAGCGGAAGAAGAUGAUAAGGGACAUCACGAUCUACUACCACAACCUCAGAAUGGGUGGCGUGGAGCUGAUAGAUCUCGCCUUCCCGCUCUUGAAACAGUUGCCUGGCUUGAAGAGACUUCACGUCCUGAUGAUUGCCAGUCUUGGCGAGACCAAUCUUCGCCGAGGCUGGCUAAAGGGUUAUCACAAUCGUUGGAGGGCUGGGCGACCGGGCAUGGAUACGAUUGGUACCAAUCCUGCUCUGAUCCCUGGCAUGAGGACCUUGUUCGAACUUCGGGGACUCACAGAUCUUUCUGUCCGUGAUCUUGAACUCGAAAAACUGAUCACCGAGCUUGAAAAAGAGAAAGCGUAUCCGAACUUUCCAAAAGGCAGCUUAGAUGCGAAUUUGCUCAAAUUGUCCCGGGCUUUCGAGCACUUCAAUGCUGCACUGGCGGAUGCGCAGCUUGGCGAGGUUAACGAGGGACUGUUUCGGGACGAUGAUUGGCAGACAUGGGAUGUCUUCCCGACGAUGGAUGGUGGUGGCCUGAAGACUCUCGUCGAGAAAGCUUAG